UGAAUUUCGGGGAACUCAAGGUUGAGGAGACAAUCCCAAGUUCCAGAGAAGGAAUUCCAAGUUGAAGAGGGUCAGGAAUUAAGCUCCAGCCUCUAGUCGAAUGCAGCAUAAUUCCCACAGGCACCACUAUCAGACCACUAUGGUGAAAGAUGAAAGAAGUUUAAACCAAAACAGACAACUCAGGAAAUUAAGACCCCAUUUUAGACCCCAUGUUAAUUAUAAAGAUUAACACGUAAAACAUUCAUGGUGAAUUGCUCCUUUAAGUAAGCCUAGCCAGUGCAUUCUGUGUGGGUGUAAAGUGGAAGUGCAUUCCUGCAGAUGAUUAUCUUACACACACUUCUAGCCUAAUGAUAUUCAAUCUUUCUACAUGUUUGGCUUUCCCUGUGCAGCAAAAUCAACAUGGCACUAACUUAUCAUGUCCCUCAGUACAACUGAUGAUAGGAGUAUUCAAGCCAAAGCCCCAUCUGCCGCUCAUAAUCAGAUAACACUCAGUUAACUCACAUCACAGUAUUAGAGCGUGAGUCGAUAAUACAUACACACCCUAGGGGAUAAUACAUACACACCCUAACCCUAACCCUAUGGUAGAGUGUCAUAUGUUGUCUCACUGGUAUUGCAUUUAUAAAUAUGUGGGUAAAGGUAAAAGGAACUUUAAACAUACGUAAAGUGUCCUUCACAACAAAAUAUCUGCAUUUUUCAGAUAAAUGACUUAAGAUCUUUCUACAGCAACACUCUUUUCCUGUCCCAGCCCACUAUAACUACAAUUUACUUUGAAAUAUAAUGAUUCAAAUGAUCCAAUAUCUUAAUAUUUAACACCCUUUUCCAUGAGUCAUCUAUUAUAGCUUAGGAAAAUUGUACAUUUUAGUGUCCCACAACACUCUUACCUUACUCCCUGUUACCUGAACAUAUUCAGCCCUAUGAAAUAUUUGGAAUAUUCCACAGGAAGUUGCAUCACCCAGAUUUCCUAAAGAUCAUGGGGAGAAGAAAAGUAAGUUCUGUCAUUCUUUUUUUCCUUUGUUUUCAGUGAUAUGCUGCCAUUAACUAAUGAGGUCACUUUGACAAUACGAUCCUAGGGCCCAAUUUAUAGAUUGAAAGUAAAUUAAGUAAAUCAUUAGAAUCUGCUUAAUGUCUUCAUUCAUCCAUUAGCAUGGAUGUUAGUUAAUCACAUUUUGUGUAUUUGCUAAUUCUGUACAAAUAAAAUCUUUACUUUCAACAUUAUUACUCAUUUAAGAGCAAACUGUAGUCCUUAACAGUAAAGAAACAUUAUUAAAUGAAAUAUUGGUGCCUGCUUUGGGUUAACACAUUUUUUUAAUCAUCAGACAAAUGCUUGCUUAAAUUCAAUGUUGAAAAAUGAUUUUUUUUUUUUCUGUACUUUUAUUUAAUUUUUCAUUUACAAUGUCACAUAAAUUUCAUCACCUUUAGCAUCUGCCUAAAGCCUGUUUUCUUUCAAAGGUCUUGCCUCUGCAACCUCAGCAAGUCAAAUAGUCAGUUAGUUUUCUUUCUGCUCUGAAACCUUUUCAUCCUUUAGUAGAUUGUUGGACCCUGGGGCUGGGAAGGAGCUUCAGAGAGAGCAGGUGCACGAGAGAUAACUUUGAAUGCCAUUUAUUCUCUUGGUCUAUACAAGCAUUCCUCCACAUCAAAGUUCUACAUUAAGGUAACGACAAUCUUUGGCAUUAAUGCAAACCUCUCAUUAGAGUCCAACAUGAUUUUUUAUUCCUGUCCCUAGAGUGAUGAGUAGCAGGUGAAUGGCAACCCGUUGUGGUCCUCCUCACCUCCCCACUCUGAGGCAAACCGAGGUAACCAGGCCUAUAUGCUCAGCUGUUCCCCCAACUCAGCCCAGCCAUCAGCACAUCUCUAUAUUUACCAGCUUCCUGAGUUACACAAGAUCAUCGAGGGGCGUUAACAAACCCCUGAACCUUGUUGAUGGUCCCCGGUCUAAGCUAAACCCUCGGUCCCCGUAAUAGUAAACAUACAAAGCACAUGGUGUAUGGCUAACCAGUGUGGGAACAAACAAGGAGAGGGUCAAAGGCACGGACGAAUCUAGUCUCCAAAACUAUUCUGGGAACCUGGACUGUAUGCAGCAACCUCGUGGCAAGCUCUUAACAUGACCACUCACUGAAGCUUUCUCUAUGUCUAUGUCUGUCUGCCAUUAUCUUUAUUUGCUAAGAGUUACAGGGAGAGCUGUUUUAGCCCAUGAAUGAGGCUGAACCGUAACCGAUUUUGACCAGAUCCUUUAGAACAGACAAGAAUGGCCUAUUCAUCCCUUGAGCACCUUCCAUUCAAAGACCAAGAACUCCCAGCCCAAAUGUUGUGCCAGCUGAACUGCCUAAGGCAUGAGCAGAUCUUCACCGACAUGCUCCUCUGCACUGAAGAUUUGGAGAUCCCAUGCCACAGGAACGUUCUGGUCUCUAGCAGUCCUUACUUCCAUGCCAUGUUCUGCAGCAAUUUCCGUGAGAGCAGCCAGACUAGAGUGGAUCUGAAAGGCAUCAGCUCUGAGAUCUUGAGUGGUAUUGUAGACUACAUCUAUACUGGAACCAUUACAAUAAGCAUGGAAAUAGUGCUGCCUCUGAUGCAAGCUGCAUCCAUGCUGCAGUACACAAGGCUUUUUGAGGCCUGCUCAGCCUUCUUGCAGAAGCAGCUGAACCCAGACAAUUGCUUGAGCAUGAUCCGCCUCUCAGAGAUCCUGCACUGUGAGAGCUUGAGAGAGCGGGCAAAGGAGAUGGCUGUGCGCUGUUUCUCAGACGUGGCUGCCUCAGAGGACUUUUGUGAACUCACGCUGCCUGAGCUAAUGUGUUACCUGGAGGAUGACAGGCUUUGUGCUGAGGAAGAACAGGUGUUCGAAACACUCUUGGCCUGGAUCCACCAUGAUCCUUUUUCUCGGCGUGGUGCCAUCCAUGAUCUCUUCAAGAAGGUACGCUUGCGGUAUAUCCAUCCUACAUACCUCUUCCAGUUCAUAGCCAAUGAUCCACUUGUCCAGUCCUCCACCCUUUGCACAGAGAUCAUUGAGUCAGUGCGGCGGCUGAUGUUUUCUGUUAGCACCAAAUGCACACGUGAGCUAAAGCCUCUCUGGACCACACCUCGUCGUUACACCUGCCGGGAGACUUUAGUUGUUGUAGGGGGUCGCAAGAACAAUGAGCAGACAUCUCGAGAGGCACUGCUCUAUGAUGAACGUACGCAGCGCUGGCAGUGGCUGGCCAAGUUGCCCUUGCGCUUGUACAAGGCCGCUUAUGUCUGCAUACAUAGUAUUCUGUAUGUUGUUGGAGGUCUCAGCCUCAGCUUGGCAUCGGGAGACAGCACAGUUAGUGCCACAGUCUAUACCCUCUCACUUAAGACCAACCAGUGGAGGACGGCCGAACCCAUGCUUGAACCGCGUUAUGCCCAUCAGAGUGUGUCUUACCUGCACUUCAUCUUCGUUCUUGGAGGCAUAGGGGCCGAUAAACAGAUCUCUAACACCGUGGAGCGCUACAACAGCAUGUUCAACCAGUGGGAACCUAUGUCCCCAAUGCCAAUAGCAGUGCUCCAUCCUGCAGUGGCUGCCAAUGACCAGAGAAUCUAUGUGUUCGGAGGGGAGGACUCCAUGCAGAAUCCAGUGAGAUUGAUACAGGUUUAUCACAUUUCACGCAACCAGUGGUUAAGAAUGGAAACCAGGACAGUAAAGAAUGUCUGUGCACCUGCCGCUGUCAUAGAAGACAAGAUUUACAUCAUUGGAGGGUACACAAGAAGGAUGAUUGCUUAUGACACCAAAGCCAACAAGUUUGUUAAAUGUGAGAACAUGAGGGAAAGGAGGAUGCAUCACUCAGCGACUGUGAUCAACAACAAGCUCUACGUGACAGGAGGGCGCUUCCUCAACAGCCAUGAUAUCAUUGAGGACUCUGAUUGCUUUGAGUGCUAUGACCCUAAAACCGAUGUCUGGACGUCUAAAGGGUCUUUACCAUACAAGCUAUUUGACCAUGGGUCUCUGGCCCUGGUCUGCGUCUCCAAUCGACCCAAUCCACCGUGACUGACGAAAUUGGAUCAAUCCAAUACUUGGGCAUCUGGUUGGCUUCAUGUACAGGACCACAAGUGAGACUCUUGUCCAUCUGAGAAAGCUUAUGUUGCUUUGCAGAAUGUCUCAUUUGUGGCUUGGAUGGUAUGCAGUGUAUUCCGUCAAAGAAUAUUUAACCGGAUUUGUGGAGGUUUUUGCAGUGGAGCCCUGGGAGCGUGCUCAGGAGCCCAGAUCACAACAGCAGUUGUCUGUGCAACAUAUGUGACCCAACAUCACUCAUUCAAGAGCUUUCUAUCACCAUCUUACCAUCACAUAUUGGCCAGAAUCACUACUAUUAUUGUCAGUAUACUCAAGAUAAAUAUUUAGAAUCCACAAACACAGGACAUAUCCCUGUGGAAAACACAAUUAUCUUCGCACUUUGUAGUAUACUGUAAUGCCUAACAGUAGCCCAUUUAAAGUCACUUUAUGAAGACACAUUCCUUCAGAUCUAAAGGGGAAACCGUGAGCAGCUCAAUUACUAACACUUUGCUAAGUCCGAAAAAGAGAAACUGAGAAAAAGAAAAACCGCUGAAGUGCUGCACUUGCGUGUACUUUCAUGCCUUCAGUUCACUGCAAAACGUUUUGUUUACUUAAGAAGAAGGCCUUAUCUUCUGAGUUCAAAGUUGCUGCAAAAAAAAUUCAUAAAAAGCACUAGACCAUAGUUCUGUGAAGAUAUUUAUCAAUAUGACUUGAAUUAAUUUUUUUUUUUUUAGUGCUGCUUUUGAUGAGAAAUGUUUACUGCAUGUCCAGAAACCUGUGAGUGCAAAUAUCUGUAGAGUAGCAAUGAAGUAAGAAAUAGGUUUUUGAUUAACAAAAAGGUGAUUUAUUAUAUUACAUAUAUAGUGACUUAUACAAGUUCAACUUAACUCUGUUCUCUGUCUGUGUGGGGAUUUUAGACAAUACAAUAAUAUUCUAAUUGUAAAUUAGAAUAUUACAGACUAAACAAGACAAAAUCCAAAAUCUACACAGUUGGUGUCAAGCUGAACCUCAGUGCUGACCUUAGCUCCAAGCAUUAUGAUAUUUUUCUCAUAUACACUUCAAGCUCAGAUAGUGCUUGUAUGCUUGUUGUAGUCAUGCAAACUCCUAUGCAAAUGUUUUGUAUUGCAAAUUUUCUAUCCGCUACUCUUUCAGAUGCAUGAAACCAAACUACUGUUGUGCCUGCUUACACUGCCACGAAUGUCAUUCCUGAUUUAAAUAAUCAUAUUAAUGGACUUGCUUUAAGAAAAGCAAUCUGAAUAAGUGCAGACAGUUUAGUAUUUACAGUUAUGCAAUUUUAACACAUCAGAGUGUUACUGUUCAUAACAUAUGCUGUAUUACAUUUCUCUUCAACACUUAAUGUGCUGGCUGACUCAUGUUUCCAGGCACUGAAAUGGAAUUAGACAUGACUAUGGAGGAAACUCAAGACAUGGAACACUUAAUGACAUGCCGCUGUGAAUACACGCCAGCUGUCAGUAAAAAGGGUACUAAACUGUACAUUGUCUUUUCACUGGGUUAUGUUUGGGGUUUUUUUUUUCUUAUGUAUCUUUCACUUGGAAAUGUGGAUAUAGUGUAUCU